AGGGUCUGCUACACCAAUGACGUGCAGUUUUAUUGUGAUGUGUGUGGCAAAGGCUUCCUAAAAAGUCGGGGGGCUGCAUGCUCACAUGAUGGUCCACUCCAAAGUGAAGCCAUUUACCUGUGAUGUCUGUGGCAAAGGUUUCUCAGAAGAAUCUAAUCUGCAAGCUCACUUUAGGUUCCACACCAGAGAGAGACCAUAUCCUUGUGUAAGUUGUGAUAUUUGUGGCAAAGCCUUUGCAGAGAGAAGUUACCUGCGACGACAUACGAGAGUCCACUCUAAAGAGAAGCCAUUUGCUUGUGACAUUUGUGGCAGGAGCUUCUCCACGACUGGAAGUCUUAAAGCACACGUUCGAGUCCACACGAAAGAGAGACCAUUUCCUUGUGACAUCUGUGGCAAAGCUUUUGCUCAGGAUCGUAAUCUUAAAAGGCACUUGAGUGUCCAUACUCACGAAAAAAGGUUUACUUGUGACAUACGUGGCAAAGGCUACACACGGAAAUAUACUCUUACAAUGCACAUCAAGGGCCACGGCAAAGAGAAGCCAUUUCCUUGUAAAAUCUGUGGCAAAGCUUUCACAAUGAAUAAUGGUCGUACCAGACACAUGAGGGUUCACAGCAACGAAAAAUCUUUAUGUGAGACAUUUUUGUCGUGUACUUACGAAACUUACACGAGAAUACACAUGAAUAAGGAGCCUGUUUUUUGUGACAUUUGUGGCAAACACUUCGGAGUGAACCAUCCUGGUACAACAUUGAGACGACCAACACUGACUGAAAAGUCUACCACAGGAGGCAAAUCCAAAACCUCACAUGUGGUUCCAUGUGCAGACCAAAUCACGUUUUGUUUGCCGGCGUACACUGGAACGCCAACGCAGUGCGGCGUCUCCAUGUGA